UUUCAAGUUUUUUGACAUUGACUGGGCAAAAACAAAACCGAAACGGCAUGGUUUUCAAUCGCUUCCAAGAAAGAAUUGUUCUCUUCUCAAUUACAGCUUCCACAAAAUGCUAGUAUAUAUUUAACGUCAGCUUCGAAUUUCCGACCUUCUAACUUCAGAGUAAUAUGGCAACGACGUCGUAUUUGACGCCGACGCAAAGCUACGCAGCGGGAGCGUUGUUCGGACUCGCUCUUCACCAAGCCCAGAUCCACCAGACCAACCCGCUGGGCUUGUUUGACCCAACCGAUGAUGACCGAACCAAAACCAGUGAUAGCAGCAGUAGUAGUAACGACGCGGUCUCCGAGGACCCGGGGCUUUGGGUCCACCAAAACUCGGGUCUGCUCCGACCCGUUUUCAAGUUUUUAGAGAUCAGCUCUAAUGCAUGGUAUGGACUUGAGGAAACUGCUGGGACUUCUUCAGCUAACCAUCAUGUUGGAGCAUUCUUGAGGUUACUUGCAGAAGAAAGUGGUGAAAAUUCUUCUCAAAGGGAAGAACAGGAACUUGCUUUGUCAACAGCUGUCGAUGUUACUGCACGUAGCAUGGAAGAAGAUUCUGAAUCUUCCAAGUCUAAGAGGGAAAAGCUUCGUGAAUAUGAACAUGAAUGUCGUGAGAAAUUUUCCACUGCUGAAGUGCAAUCAAACUUGGAAGCAGAAGAUGUGCACUUGUUGCAGGAGACAGAUAGUAAUACGUUUGAAAUUAAAGAUGCAGAUCAUGCGUUAAUGAGUAAAAUGACUGAGAAGCCAAUUGAGGAGGUAACAAUGCUCAGUUAUCGGAGGAAAGUUACCGUUCUCUAUGUGCUUCUUUCAGCUUGUCUGGCAGAUACAAGUGAUGACAACAAAAAGAGUAACCGACAAAGAAAGGGCUAUGAUGCUCGACAUCGUGUGGCUUUACGCUUGCUGGCAACUUGGUUUGAUAUCAAAUGGACAAAAAUGGAAGCAAUUGAGAUAAUGGUUGCUUGCUCUGCAAUGGCUUUAGCAAAAGAGGGAGAAUCCAAGAGAGAAGAAGAAAAACAACCUUCAAAAAACAAAUGGGCUAAAUGGAAGCGAGGUGGUAUCAUUGGUGCGGCUGCAGUAACUGGAGGAGCCUUGAUGGCAAUUACUGGUGGAUUAGCUGCCCCAGCAAUUGCUGCAGGACUUAGUGCCCUAGCUCCAACAUUAGGGACUCUGAUCCCUGUGAUUGGGGCUGGUGGGUUUGCGGCAGCUGCAAGUGCUGCAGGAACUGUUGCUGGUUCAGUUGCUGUUGCUGCAUCAUUUGGAGCGGCUGGUGCUGGACUUACAGGGACCAAAAUGGCUAGAAGAGUUGGAAGCGUUGAUGAAUUUGAAUUCAAAGCUAUAGGAGAAAACCAUAAUCAAGGCAGGCUAGCAGUUGAGAUCUUGGUCUCGGGAUUUGUUUUUGAUGAGGAAGAUUUUGUAAGGCCUUGGGAAGGACAAAAUGAUAACUUAGAAAGCUAUGUGUUGCAGUGGGAGUCUAAGAAUCUAAUUGCAGUGAGCACUGCAAUUCAGGAUUGGCUUACUUCAGGCCUUGCAUUGCAGAUGAUGAAGCAAGGUGCAAUGCUGACUGUGUUAAGCACACUCGUAACAGCAUUGGCUUGGCCAGCAGCGCUACUUGCCGCAACUGACUUUAUAGAUAGCAAGUGGACAAUUGCUGUUGACAGAUCGGACAAAGCAGGGAAGCUGCUUGCCGAAGUGUUAUUAAGUGGAUUGCAAGGCAACAGGCCUGUGACACUAGUAGGUUACUCACUUGGAGCACGAGUAAUUUUCAAGUGUCUCCAGUUUUUGGCUGAGACUGAACGUGAUGCUGAACUUGUAGAGAGAGUUGUUCUUCUAGGAGCACCCAUCUCCAUUAAUGAUGAGAACUGGGAAGCUGCUAGAAAGAUGGUGGCUGGAAGAUUUGUGAAUGCUUAUUCCAAAAAUGAUUGGAUGCUUGGAGUUGCUUUCCGUGCUAGUUUACUUACUCAAGGAUUAGCAGGAAUUCAACCAAUCAAUAUUCCGGGGAUUGAGAAUGUUGACGUAACUGAUCUCAUUGAAGGUCACUCUUCCUAUUUAUGGGCUACACAGCUAGUCCUGGACCAGCUUGAGCUGGAUACAUAUUAUCCUGUUUUCAGGAGUACUACUUGCAAACAAUAGAGAUUUUUUUGAAUUUGCAUUUCGGAUUCUACUUUUGUCCACUCCUGCAGCUGGUAUUGUGAUAUCCCUAUCAUUUCCUUUCUAGCUGAUGGAAGUGUAGCACUUGUACGGAGUACCUCAGGUGGAUCAAAGCAUAUUAAGUCGCUCAACUUAGAGCUUCUUGGCUAGUUGAUAUUUCACCCUUUUUCCUUGCAUUUGUAUAUACACCCAAGUGUAAUUAAUGUUUGAUAGGAGGCUGAAAAUGUAUUGCAGUCUGGUUCAUAUUUAUUUAUAUUACCAUCUUGAUCUGGGUGAAUAACUCCUUCUCUUCGAUUUGGAAAAAUAUAUUGCUUCCUAUACAAGUCUAAACCAAUUGAUAUAGACUUCCAAUCCACUAUACUUG